AUGCUCGGGGCCCGCACAAAACAGAUCACAACCUAUGGUAAACGCCGCCAACGGAUCGUCAACGACGACGACCGUCUGCCGCGACCCCCACCCUCCAUAUUCGAUGACUUGCCACCCAUCGCAAAAGCACCACUCGCCUCCCGCAUGAAGAAGCGUGAAAACCACGACCCAAAGCCCAAGUCAAAGUCCAAAACCCCGUCUCCCAAGAUCCUGCAUGUCAGCAAGAAGCGGGUUGUUUCCCCUCAGCGGAAGGUGCUGCCCCAAAUCCGGAGGCUGGAAGAGGUGGAGGGAUUCACUCCGUCGAGAAAACCGCUGGGUGUUAGGCCCCUUAACACGCCCGCCUCCGUCAACAAGGGCAAGCGGCUUUCUGGCUCGCCCCCAUUGAAGAGCUUCGCAUCCAAGAUCGAGAUCUUAGUCUUGGAUGACCAGGGAAAGACAGUUAGUAAGGAGCACAGGAUCAGCAAACGGGCUGUCGUUAUUGACACAGAUGACGAGGAAGAAUAUAUCCCCCAACCCAAGCCUCCAAGACGACUCCGUCAGGUGGCUUCACAGCGAAUAGACUCGGACGAGUCCGAAUCCGACUCCGAAGUCCUUGUUGUCCAGCCACCUCUGGUGGUGAAGGAUUCCAUUAUCGACGAGUCCCAAGACAUGUCCCUCGAGCUGGAGGUUGUGAUCUCUCCGGAGCCGCCGUUAUCACCCAAACCAAUCAUCAUUUCGGUUCCACUACCAGCCAAGACUCCACUUACUCCGCCUCGUCACGUUAUUCCCAGUCAAACAUACCAACAUGUGCCUUCCCCUAUCCCACGUGCUCGACCGCUCACACCGAUUCGUGGUCGCGCUUUGGGCCUAAGAGCACCACCUUCGCCUCCUUCACCGCUAACUUCAGAAGAUGGAAACUUCGAUAUCUCGCUUUCGGACUUGACCGACUGCAGCGAUGUCUUAUCCUCCGUUUCCUCUCAAGAACCCGCGAUUACGACGCCACAAUAUCUGCAACCUCUGUUAGCAGAGUGCCGCCAAACAGCAUUACACGAAUUCUCUGCGUUCAUCAAAUCAUUCCCAUUCGAUCCGCUUGUCUCUGGCCAUCGAGAGGCCUCCCGAGGGUUCAAGAAGAUUGGCGAGGCUAGCUACUCCGAAGUCUACGGCAUCGGCCAAGUGGUGCUCAAGGUCAUACCGUUGCGCGACGAUUCGCAAAGGAGGCUGAGGCAAGUUGCGGACGACACAGAAACGCCUUUUGCUACCGACGUGAAGGAUGUUCUGAAGGAAAUCAUCGUCACUGAGGCGAUGGGUGAACUCCGGGGAGGGUUCGUGAAGCUUUUGAGGACAUAUAUUGUUCGUGGGAGAUAUCCGCAACAACUCUUGGAACUUUGGGACGAGUAUAAUGAACGUGUCGGUUCAGAGGGUAUCCGACCCGAUACUUUCGCGGUCUCCCAAGCGUAUGCUAUCAUCGUUCUGCCAAAUGGUGGUCCUGAUUUAGAGGCGUACACGUUUGCGGCCAAGAAUGGUUGGAAACAGGCUUGCAGCAUUUUUUGGCAAGUGGCCAAAACCUUGGGGCAUGCGGAGCAGUUGGUCUCCUUUGAACACCGCGAUCUUCACCUGGGUCAAAUAUUGGUCAAGGAAGAAACUGAUGCGGUUGUUACGAAACCAUUACAAGCAAUGAAUCUGAACCAAAAACCCAGCAAGCACAAAAAACCUAUGAUGGACGACCCAAUCCAUGGUGUCCGGGCGACUGUGAUCGACCUUGGGCUGUCCCGCAUGGAUGCUGGGGACGGAUCUGGCGGAGAGACCGUUCAUUGGACACCUUUUGAAGAGGAGAUCUUUGAGGGUGAGGGCGAUUACCAGUUCGACAUUUAUCGCUAUAUGCGCGACCAUAAUGGUGACAAUUGGGAGGCAUUCAGCCCACUUACGAAUUCAUUAUGGCUUCACUAUCUCGUUGUCAAACUGCUCAAGUCCAAAGGUUUACGGGCACCGACACGCAGGAAAAGCCAAGCUCCAACUCCGCCUAGCUCUGGGUACACAGACCGAGAAUGCUAUGAAUGCUUGUUGGACAUGGAAGAAUGGCUCGGGCAUUCUAUCGCUGGUAUAAUUGAGACAUCAAAGGGAAAGAGCAAGUCGCGAGGGCGGAAGAAGAAGGUUGCUCCGCCAGCUGCAACGCCGGCAGGGUUAUUACGAGGGCCUCUGUGUGCAGGAGAGGUUGUCGAGUAUGGGGUCAAGAAAGGAUGGAUAGAAACGUUAGUGCUGGGCUGA